GCUCGAGCCCAGAAGUUUUUGGGCCUGCCUACUAGGCUCUACCGCACGAGCCCAUGAGUAUUUGGAUCGCCGACUCGCCGUCAAUUCCUUGACAGGGAAAGGAAAGGAAUCGUAAGAACAACGCAAAGAGAGAGACGGGCAAGGCGACAGGAAAGGGAAAGGCAAAGAGAAGGAAUCCAAUUCCAUUGAUAUCGGAAAACAAACAGCGAGCGAGGAAGGAAGGAAGGAAGAAGAUGACGGUGAAGAUCGUAGACGCAAGCUUGUCGAGCUUCGAUCAAGUAUUCAGCAAGUUCAAAGCAGAUGCCCCGAAUUUCAACUCCAAUUUCAUCCUCUUCCUUGCCGACAAUGAACCUUCCACCAACCUCAGCUGGUGCCCCGACUGCGUGAGGGCUGAGCCGGUGAUAUACAAGAAGCUUGAAGAAUCAGAAGCUAAUGUCGCUCUCCUUCGAGCUUAUGUUGGUGACAGACCCACUUGGAGGAACCCCGCCCAUCCUUGGAGAACCGAUUCCAACUUCAAGCUCACUGGAGUCCCAACCCUUGUUCGCUGGGAGAAGGACGCCAUUACGGGGCGGCUGGAGGAUCAUGAAGCUCACCUGCCCACCAAAAUUGAUGCCCUUCUCGCUUCUGCCAAGUAGAAUAAAACCCGCAUUGUUAAUCAGCUUUGUAACUGGCAUCAGGUGUUUGUUUAGCUGCUACUGCUGCUGCUUUACUUUUCUUGCUUAAUAAUGGGGUUUGGGCUCACACUCCUAAUAAUGAAGUUGCUUGCUGCUAGUUGUUAUGAUUAAACAAGCAAGCAAGCUACACAUGCAAGUUUUUUCUUGUUUCACAAUUCACUCACUGUUUUGGGUGCCCUGUAACUUGCGGGGAAGCCAAAGUUGAAGGUAAGGUUGUCUGAAACUUUCUGCAGCUUGAAGGAGGCAAUGACAGUUACAAACUUACAAUGAUUGCGAGAGUUCCACUUCCUCUUCUUAUUAAUCUUUGAGCUUUGGGUUUGAUUUGCUUCUGAAGUUUUCACCAGCCGUGAUAUUUGGUUUGCUGAGCGAGCAAUCAGAGCUAUUGUGCCCUUUUUUUCUUUUGGCAGCAGGCACCCAUUGCGAAGUCAACGGUGGACAAUAUAGAGCUUGCUCAUAUCGUUGCAAGAACAGGUUCUCUAAUUGAAUCGUUUGUUGGCCGAUCAACGUAUCUUCCUUAUCGUGUUAGAAUAGAACAGACUGCCCAUA